UAACAACAAAAUUAAUAUAUUAAAACAAAAAUCCAACAAAGUUUAAUUUAAAUGUCUUGACAAUUACAAAAAAAAUUAAAAAAAUGUGCGGGCAAGAAAACAAAAAAAUGACCGUUGAAGAAAUAGUUGACUCGUUAACUCACGUUUGUAUGGACCUCCGUAAUAAAAUAAAAGACGCACGUGCUGAUCAAGUGGAAAUAGAAAAAAUAGUCAUCAAGCAUAUCAAGGAAUGGUCUAGUGUUGAUAAUAAUUCUGUCAAUGAUUUUCAAAAAGGACUGGAGUGGUUUAAUGUUUCCAAAGGACUGUCGAUAAAAGAAGACUUGAAGGGAAAAAUAACAAUAUUAGAUUUUUUUACUUACUGUUGUAUCAAUUGUAUGCAUAUAUUACCCGAUUUAGAGGCAUUGGAAAAAAAAUAUUCUAUUGAAGAUGGACUUGUUGUUGUUGGAGUGCACAGUGCAAAAUUUUCCAAUGAAAAAGACUCAGCAAAAAUCCAAUCAGCCGUCCAGAGGUACAACAUCAGCCACCCGGUGGUAAACGACGCCAAGCUGUCAAUGUGGAGAGACAUUGGCAUCAGCUGCUGGCCAAGUUUGGUGAUCCUAGGACCGGAUGGCCAAGUGUUGUUCGUCCUGGUCGGUGAAGGCCACCGUAAAGAACUUUUGCUGUACACCCAAGUCGCGCUCAAGUACUUCAAGUCGCUGAAAAAAAUCUCCAACCACGGACUCGAUCUAAAACCGGCGGCUCAUUUGUUGCCAGUCACUAGGGACCUUUUGCUCUUUCCUGGAAAGGUCCAGGUACUAAGGGAUGAAAAGAUCCUCGUUUCAGAUACCGGAAACAACCGAGUACUGGUGCUGGAUUUUGACGGACAAGUUGAAGCUGUUGUUGGAGGAUACUCCAGGGGAUUCAAAGAUGGAACUUUCAAAGAGGCUAGGUUCAAUGCGCCUCAAGGAAUUUGUGCUCUAGAAGAUGAUGUUUUUGUGGCUGAUAAUGAAAAUCAUGCGAUAAGAGUGAUAAACCUAAAAGAUAAAACAGUGAAGACACUAGCAGGCAUUGGAACCCAAGGAACUGAUUACGUAGGAGGAAAAACAGGUACAGAGCAAGCUUUAUCUUCACCCUGGGACGUUGCAAUUUAUCAGUAUGCACAAAAUAAUAAAUCAGUACCUGUUUUGCUGAUUGCAAUCGCGGGAACUCAUCAAAUAUGGGCAUACUUUUUUGAAGAUACUACUUGGUGGAAAAAUCGACAAUACAAAGCCAAGAGUUGCUCAGCAAUAGUAGGAAGCGGCAAAGAAGAAAACAGAAAUAAUUCUUACCCGCAUGCUGCUGGUCUAGCACAGCCUUCUGGUCUAGCAGUCGCUCAGGGUAUCAAGGCUCUUUUUUUUGCAGACAGUGAGUCCAGUUCUGUGAGAAGAGUUCAUUUGCUGGAUGGAAAAGUCACUGGUGUUGCUGGAGCUGAUAAAAAUCCUACGAACUUACACAAUUAUGGAGAUGUUGAUGGAUCAGGAUGUACGGCAAAACUUCAACAUCCUUUAGGAGUAACUUGGGACGAGGCUAGUAAUGUUGUCUGGGUUGCUGAUACUUAUAAUCAUAAAAUAAAAAAAAUUGAGAUUGAUGGAAAGUGUACUAGUGUAUAUGGUGCUGGUAAACCUAGUAGAGAUUUUAAGUUUGAUGAACCCAGUGGAUUAGCAGUCUCUAAAACACACAACAGUAUUAUAAUUGCCGACACCAAUAAUCAUUGUUUAAGAAUAAUUAACAAAGAUGAUCAAACAAUCAAAACUAUUGAUCUUAAGCUUCCAAAAAAUGUUGGCCGACCAGCGGACAAAAAAUUAAAUUUUGAUAUCAAUGUUUCCAAAAAUUCAACAUUAAAAAUUUUACUGAUACCAAAAUUCUCAAAAGAUUUAAAAUUCACUCCAGAAGCUCCUCAGAAGUGGGCUCUUAAAUAUUUACUCACUUCCUGGACCGCUGAGAAAAUUUCUGGAGCUUUAGAUGAAGCCAUUUUAAUAAAAACUUCUGAAGAUGUUGGGAAAUAUAAAUUCAGUGUUUUAUUGAAUUUAGUGGUGUGUAAAACUGACGAGUGUAUCCCUAAAAAAUAUGAAGUUGUUUUUAAUGUUGAUGUUGAUGAUAGUCAGAGUGGUGACGUAGAAAUUUUAAAAGAAAUUGAAAUUAAUUAAGUUUUUUUUUUAACAAAUUUUUGGUUUAUUUAUCCUAGUGUUGGUUUUUUAA